AAUUUGAUUGGGUGCUAAAACAAGCAUGUCUGCUUGUGUAAGGAGGUCACGUUUCCUUCGGAACAAUUUCGCAUUUAUUGACUGUCUCAGAUGACUUAACCGGAAACUGAAAGUUAAAAAAAAUCAGUUCAGCUGACAUCCAUUGAACAAAAUGGCUGAAGACUUUGAGAAGUUAGUGAAAAAGUUUCUAAAAGAUGAAAAGUAUUCCGAGUGCCGUGAACUCAUCCUUGCUCCUCCUUACCAAAAGCACAUUCCUGCUGUUUCCUGGGAUCUGAUCCCUGCAUUUUCAACAUGCCUCACAGCGGAGAAUGCCCUCAAAUUCCCACACCUCACAGAAAUAUGUGGAGACAUCUUUGAACAGUUUGUCACCCUUGGGAACCCCAAAGAGCUUAUGUUAGGAUUCCUGGAACAAGCUGGUGCAUUUAUCGAUGAAGUUCGCUAUCUAACCCUCCUGAAACCUAUACAGAAAGUUUUGCUAAAGCUGCCAUCUAAGAGGCACAAUUCAUUGCAGAUAUCCCUGGAGACCCUUUACGGAUAUAUUGGAGCUCUGAAAGAACCAGAAGAUUAUAAGUUAGAGAAAGAAGAGCGGAAGUUUUUGGAAAAUGAUCCAAAGGUCAGCCAAAUCAACACGGCAGUAGAUGCCUUAGUGGAUUUUCUUAAACCAUUCGUACAUGAUAUAUCAGUGGAUGUUGUUAGGGAAAAUAGCCUCGCCAUCAUUAAUGAAAGGAAAGACCUGGUGAUAUAUUUGAUUAAGCUGCUGGAAUUUCCGAUGGUGUAUUUGGAUUUGUCACAUGAUCCGAAUGACGGGGACGCCAAGCGUUCCACCGGUCGUGUGAUAGCCCAGCGCAUCAUCUCCAUGAUUUCCAAAUUACAGCAUGAUUUUUACAAAACCCUUAGCUGGAUGCUGGCAGCACAUUCUAAAGACAGUGUCAAAAAGAUGAGAAAAGCAGGAAAAUUAUCAUCGGGAGCUUUGGAUGAGAUCGAUGAAGUUGAUGAAUGGGAGAAAGAGCAACAAGCUCCAAUUGUGGGAAUGAGCUGUUUUGCUUAUCUUCUUUUCUGUGAGAAUGUUGGAAUUGACAAGUUUCCAUCUGUGUUUACACAUCCAUACGUCUUUGAGUCCAACAUUGUCUUUAUGUGUGUCAUGAUGCAUAAAACACAUUCCGUCGUUAUAGAAAAAGGCGUGGCACUUGCAGAGACUCUUGUCAAGCGCAUCCCAAAAGGAGAAUGGGAACCAGAAAUCCUGGAAUCGAAAGAUUUUGCCAUCUUUGUUGACUAUAUAACCCGUGUGCUGAUCAACUGCCCAGUGCAAGACCUUCGUAGCCGUGCUUUGAAACUGAUCCCCAUCAUAGUCAGCAGGUUUAAUGCCUACGGUCGGAGCCAGUGUCUUUUUCUGAUGUUGAAUAAAGCUGCACGCCCUGGCCAUCAAGGAUAUAUCAUUCAACUGAUCAAGGAUGAAAUUCAUGCCAACUUGCAGUCACCUUCACCAAGCGAAGCCUUCUCUGCCCGAGCGCUGCAGAAAUUCUACAACCUAGUCUUUGCUUUCCCAGAAGAGGGCCCACACACUGACCUGCUCAGCCAAUCGGAUCGAGUUAUGGCCGUGCUGAAUUUUUUCCGCUAUCUCAUUUUGCGUGAUCCAUCCCACGUCAAUGUCACCGGAAUUUGGAAUGUUGUUGACCAAAUUGAAAAAGUCUACAUAGCCCCCUUGCUCCAUGGGUUCAAGAUGUCCAAAAAUCACAUUGAGGCAGAACUGAAGAUGAUGCAGCAGGGACUUUACAAUAGAAAAGUCCGUGAUGACAAGGGGGCAGAUGUCGGCAUCGCCAUUGCUGGGACACUCCUGCCAAGUAUGCCAAAGUCUCAGAAGAUGCAGGUGCUACAGGUUGGCUUAAACACCUUUGAAAUGAUGGGGAUUGUACUGGGAAGGGUCACCGAUCUUCUGGCCACCUUGAAGAGAGGGGGCAGCCCAACUGGACUGACUCAAGUGACUGCUAAGACCAGUUCAUUGGAAGUGACUGGAGGGACUAGGUCUGGUGAAACGACUCAAGAGACUGACACAACUGGAGUGGCUGGAGAGAAAGUGAGUCCAACUGUAGAGGCUAGCCCUGAUGAAGAGACUAGUUCAACUAAAUAGGGAUUAGAUCCUGGUGGAAAGACGGGAGACAACUUUGCCGGAGUGAAUGGAUAGACGUCUAGAACAACUGAGGACAAGUACCCUCUAUCAGAUGAAUAUUUUUCACAAGGUGUUCACAGAUAUUGCUCUGAUUAAUUCUGUGCUCAGCCUUUUUUUUUCACACACUUUCAGAAGUGAUGGCAUCACCUAUGACAGAGAGUAUGCUGCAUCAUCUUCCCUUGAACAGUAUAGAGAAUAAUUUUUUGUUUUGUUGCUUUAAGAGAUGGGGGGUGGGAGAGAUUGGGGUUAGGAGAAAUUUCAAUAUGAGUAGGCAGGAACUGAUCAAAUCAGAAAUUCACAAUAUUUAUUGUGUUAGCACUGAAAUAAUUACCAAACAAAUUAGAGGCAGGAAUAGCUGAGAAUUGAGGACAGUAAUUUUUAAUUGAAAAAAAAAAUGAUGAGUUGUAAUAAUACAUGUUAUUUGCUAUAU